AUGGCUUCUUUCUGUAUUGAAGGAGAAUUAGACAAGGAAUAUAAACAACAAAAACAAAAAGGAGUGAUACGUGUUGACAAAUUAGUUAAACAACAAGUGCUUCACAACGUCUGGAUACAAAACAAAAGAAAAACAAUUCUAGAAAGACACGCCAACGUACAUGAAAAGCCGAAUAUCAGAUGGUUUGAGCAAAACAUGAACUUGGAUUUUCCUACCAGUAACCAUCUACACCACCCUUUUCAUAUCCGCCGAGCCCCUAUUCCUACCAUAGGCAUGCCUUGGCCGAGACCGCAGACUUUUGAAACAUCUGAUACAAAACUGUAUAAAAUCAGGAAACUUUCUGUGAAAGCAAAUUUUUCUAACUGUCAUAUAUUGCAAAAAGCAGUACAAAGAUACAUGAAUAUAUUUUUCACCUGUAGUAAUGUUCAAUUUACAAACAAUUUAUUGCACUUGAAAAAUUCCAAUUUUGGUUUUUCAAUGCAAAAACCAAGUUACGAAUACCUAACGUCCUUAGAAGAGUUAAGAAAACUUACUUUUGAUGUUGAGAGGUGUUCGAAUUAUCCAACCUUAUCGUCCGACGAGUCCUACACAUUAAGAACAUCUAACGGUGAAAUAAGGAUAGAAGCAAAAGAUGUCUGGGGUACACUACGAGCUCUGGAAACGUUAAGUCAGCUUAUCAUCUGCAUCAGCAACACGUUUAUUAUUAGGAAAACUAGGAUCGUAGACUUUCCAAGGUUUCCACAUAGAGGAAUAUUAAUUGAUUCAGCAAGACACUUCAUGAGUAAAACAACGAUAUUUCAAAUGCUGAGUGCCAUGGAGAUGAACAAAAUUAAUGUUUUUCACUGGCAUCUCUCUGACGACCAGUCCUUCCCUUACAGGAGCCGAACUUUUCCUGAUCUUAGCGGAAAGGGAGCUUAUCACCCUUCCCUGACGUAUACCCAGGAGGAUGUGAAAGAAAUAAUAGAGUUCGCCAGAAUCCGGGGGAUCCGGGUUAUUCCGGAAUUUGAUACACCAGGACAUUCAUUUUCCUGGGGCUUCGGACAUCCCGAAUUACUGACCCAGUGUUACAAUGGGGAGCGUCCAAUACCCGGUGACUUUGGACCAAUGAACCCCGCUAGAAACUCAACCUACACUUUUCUUUCUGCAUUUUUCAAAGAAGUAUUAGAAGUCUUUAAAGAUCAAUAUGUUCAUCUUGGAAACGACGAGGUACCACUGGCUUGUUGGAACACAAAUCGGGAGGUGCGGAAACUGUUCACAAGGAUAAAAAAUACAUCAAUGUUCAAAGAUAAAGGAACUGCCACCUGGAGUUUCUUUACAGAAAGGUUAAUCAAAGAUGUACAGAAAAUAGCAAUGGAAAGGGAAAAUGGUGUCAAAUUUAUUCUGUGGCAAGAAGCUUACCAGUCAAAUUUAAAUAUUCCUAGGGACACAAUUGUUCAGGUUUGGCUCGGUGAUCAGAGACUUGUAGAAGAGGUGGCAAGACAGGGAUAUCAUGUUUUAUAUUCAUCGUGCUGGUACAUCAACAUGAUACAAUAUGGCGUCGUCUGGCCAAAAUAUUAUCUCUGUGAUCCCAUUGGCGAAGGCUUUCGGGGUAAAGAGGAUCUUGUGUUAGGAGGGGAAGCCUGUCUAUGGAGUGAAUACGUCACCAGUGAGACUGCGAUUGGUUUGUUAUGGCCUAAAGCAUCGGCUGUUGCAGAAAGAUUGUGGAGUGAUAAAUCAUUAAGGGACAUUGAUGAGGCUGCUAGAAGAUUGGAGGAGCAUCGAUGUAGAAUGUUAAGAAGAGGUUUAACUGUCGGGGAUAUUAGUGGGCCAGGUUUCUGUGCAUUUGAAAGCGAGAAACCGUCUAAUCUAUCAGAACACAUCUUUCAAAGCCAGGUUGUUUAUUCAGCUAAAAACCAGGGGAUUUUCAAAGCAUCAGCAGCCCUAGUUGUCGUUGGCAUGGUUCUUAUAACAUUAUUAACCUGUACUGCAACAAGAAUCGGAUGUUUUAAAAUACUGAAAAGAUUGGUGAGUCGCUAAAAGGAAUGGGCUUCUGUGUACAACCCUGGACAUAUUGUAUUUAAUUAUACCUUUAUAGAGGGAAUAAUCAAUUCAUCUCCCAAACUUUGCAUAGCGAGCCGUGUAAUAUAACAAUACUCGAGUAUAUAUUUAAAAAGAUUUAAUAUGGAGGUAAAAUCUUAAACAGAUCAUACUAUUGAAAUGUUUUCAUAAUGACUUCUUUGCUUACUAUCGGCAUAAAUUCAGUCACAAACUUUAUUUCAUGCUAGUGAUCUUCACGCCGUAGAACUUAUUUGCUUUCACGCCAGCUGAUUACUAGACAAUAUUACACCGUUAGUGCGUAUAAAUCUUGAUGUGAACUUUAUAAUACUAUUAUCUGUUUUAGUAAUCAGCUGGCGUGAAAGCAAAUUCAUUCCAAGGCAUGAAAAUCACUGGGAUGAAAUAAAAUUUGUGACUGAAUAUGUUGCCUAAGGAAGAGAGAAUAUCAAACUUAAUGCCUAUUGAAAAAAAUUGUAUAGAAUCACAAAUCCAUCCCAUCGGUAUCUCUUGGUUCUGAAAUGGAAAGUUAUCCUAAUUCUCUUUUAAUUAGACAAAAUA